AUGGAUCACAACGGAAGCCGACAUCGUUUCUUCUUACACCAACAAUACCAAGUAGACAACGGCGAUUCUCUGGACGUAAGCCUUGAGUGCAGUUUUAUCUAUUUAUUAAACCAGUUUUAGAGCGCCUUUUUUGUUUCACUAGUAGCGUUUUACUAUGCUAAAAUCCUAAUAGCUCUUUAUCACAAGCAUACUUUCUAUUUAAUAGCAACAACUUAAACCAAAGAUUUGCCGGAGCAGUAAAGAUUAACCAACAACAAAUGCCACAGUUGCAUUUUAGUGGACAGCCACUCUUUCCUUUUCCACCUAACAGCCAGACCUUCUACCGUCCUGCUGUGUUUCAACCGCUGAGCGAAAGUCCACCACAAUGCAACUCUCCAAUAAUAACGCGGACCCCAUCGCCAAGUCCUGAGACUUCAGGGAACUUGAUCUGGGCCACCAAAACCAGUUCAGAGGGAAAAAAGAAAUCAAAGACUUCUGACUGGACAGAAGAAGAAACUAGUGAUACGCUCAAACUAUGGGGGCCGAAGUACGACAAGCUCCGCAGUGCCUCCAACAAGGAAAGGGUGACGAUAUGGAAAGAUAUUUUCGUUGCAUACAAGGAAAAGUACCCAGACAGCAAAAGAACUUUACCCCAGGUAAAGAAACGUAUCCAGAAUCUCGAAUACGAGUACAAGCUUUUAAAGCAACGGUCUCAGUUGACCAGUGAAGUGGAGUUCAAGAAAAUCAAAGAGGGAAUUCUGUACUUUGAUUUUUUAGACGACAUGAUGGGUCAUCGCGAUAGCGUUGACCUAUCUAAAAUGGCUAUCGAAGGUUCUUCUACGUUUGCUUCCGAAGACAGCAGCAAUACUUCACCUUCGCCUCAAUUGCAAGAAAGCGGUAAUGGCACAGAGGAAAACCUAGACAAUGAAUUACAAGCCGCGAUGGGAAUGAAACGAAAGGCAACCGAUAAGUCAGCCCGCAAAGGAAAGAAGAGACAUGAUGAGCAGCAAACUAAGUGGCACACAAGUUUUCUUCAGCUCAUGGAACGAAGCUUAGAGCAAGAUAGCACACGAUUUGAACGUUCCACAGAAAUGCUUCGAGAAUCGCAGAGGAAUCAGAUGGAGCAAACAAAUGCAAUCCUCGCAGGGUUUAAGGACAUUUUCAAAGAUUUGGUAUCAAAGUAG